AUGCUCAGCCACGCGGAAGUUAAUGGCAGUAUCGAUAUAGUCGUGGAUGAGAGAUACCCUACGUCUGUCCGGCAUUUGUACGAACUUAUGUUCGACAGUGACUGGUUUAUCUCGUUCUUAGAGCAGAACCAGGGAGUACAUGACUUGAACGUUGGUGACUGGGAACCUGUUGGUCAAGAUAGUGGCUUGUUGAGGCGUGAAUUACGUUACGUAAAGCCAGUGAGCGGUCCAGGACCAAGGGAGGUUUACUGUGAAGAUACCGAGGAGAACCUUCACCGAGACGAUAACGACUUCAUAUUAACGAGAACUAUCACGAAAACCCCGAACGUCACGUAUGGGGGCGCGUUUCAUGUGGAGACAACGACGCGUGUUGCGUGGGCAGCAGAUAGGAAAGACGGCUGUGCCCUGAACGUUACGUCUGAGGUGAUAUGGACGAGCUGGUGUCCAAUUAAAGGCUUGAUUGAAGGCCGCGUCCUCAAUGGCCAACGAAGCUAUCAACGCGACCUUGACGCUGCCCUUCGUGAUUAUCUCGGCUCACCCAAGCGUUCUCUUCAUACCCUGCCCCUCAUCGCUAAUAAACCUCCAUCAGCUGAACAGCUCUCCCUUUACUCCCCCAUCAAUCCAAAAGCGGUCACAAAGUCUGUCAAACUGGAUCUAGAACAACCAUCGAUUCUGUUCACUUCGAUGACGAGUCAAAUUGAUAAAGCUGAGCGAGAACUAGGCACACCGGGCGCAGUCCCAUUCGUGGACGUGUCCCCACAGAUGAUGACGAAAAGGAGGGUUACGCAUUUCAUGGCAGUUUUCUUGUUUUCGGCGUUGAUCACGUUAUUAAUCGUAAGGCUUACGGUGAAUUAA